AGCCAAUCCGGAGAAUUUGAGGCCCUCGUUGCUAUGAGACAAGUCCCGCCCCGCAGGCGGUACCGGAAGUGGCGGGCUGGGAUCAGCCUUUAAGAUGGCGUCUCCUCAGGGGGGCCAGAUUGCGAUCGCGAUGAGGCUUCGGAACCAGCUCCAGUCAGUGUACAAGAUGGACCCGCUACGGAACGAGGAGGAGGUCCGAGUGAAGAUCAAAGACCUGAACGAACACAUCGUGUGCUGCCUGUGCGCCGGCUACUUCGUGGAUGCCACCACCAUCACAGAGUGUCUCCACACCUUCUGCAAAAGUUGUAUCGUGAAGUACCUGCAGACCAGCAAGUACUGCCCCAUGUGCAACAUCAAGAUCCACGAGACGCAGCCGCUGCUCAACCUCAAGCUGGAUCGGGUCAUGCAGGACAUAGUGUAUAAGCUCGUACCAGGCUUGCAAGACAGUGAAGAGAAACGGAUUCGAGAAUUCUAUCAGUCCCGAGGCUUGGACAGAGUCUCCCAGCCCAGUGGGGAAGAGCCGGCCCUGAGCAACCUUGGCCUCCCUUUCAGCAGCUUUGACCACUCCAAAGCCCACUACUACCGCUAUGACGAGCAGCUGAGCCUCUGCCUGGAGCGGCUGAGUUCUGGCAAAGACAAGAAUAAAAAUGUCCUUCAGAACAAAUAUGUCCGGUGCUCUGUUAGAGCUGAGGUUCGCCAUCUCCGAAGGGUUCUGUGUCACCGCCUAAUGCUAAAUCCACAACAUGUACAGCUCCUUUUUGACAAUGAAGUUCUCCCUGACCACAUGACAAUGAAGCAGCUCUGGCUGUCCCGCUGGUUCGGCAAGCCGUCUCCUUUGCUUUUACAGUACAGUGUGAAAGAGAAGAGGAGGUAGGGGCCAGUCCUGCUUCCACCCCUCCCCACCCCUCCCCAGAUAUUUAUGUGAAAUUAACUGUGUCUUUAUUUUUUGAAAUAAAAGCUUUUAAAAAGCA